GUAUGAAUGAUGAAUCGUAGGCCAGAGUAAGGUAGUACCAGCGCAACUGAUGAAGCCCAACUGACACCGACUCUCCCCAAAACUUGGCAACAUCUCACAAUCUGCACCCACCAAGACAAAUCUACGAGCCCAGCAGCCAAGCCAAGCUAAACAUGAUAUCAGCUGGCAACCACACGCAGUCGACCGAGGCUAAGGAAGACGACGAACGCACUCAAGGGCCAGAUCACCAUGACUCCAAUGGUACUCAAGGAUACAAACAGCCAUCUACUUCACCAAUGCUAAUUGAAGCCGCUCAAAAUGCCCAGCAUGCAGAAUGGAUUCGUUACUUGAUCAACACAAAGCCUUGGGAUCAUGUCUGUGCUUAUGCGGAUGAACAUUGCAUUCCCCACUCUCUAGUUCAGCUCAUUGGCGAAAAGCGAUUCAUUAAGAUCACACUAGAGGGCUACCUUUGCAUGUACAUGGAAAGCCAGACCAAGACGACCGUGUUUCAGCAAGAGAAUAAGCUGGUUGAUAGAGUCGCCAGAUUGAUGGACCGCCUUGACGUCAAUGGAGCGAGCGGUAUUGGAUCCGCUGACACUACUGGUCUUGAAGCCCGAGUGGCUGUUUUGGAGAGAGACAUAAGCUCGCGGAUCAAUGAAGCUGUGAACCAGCUUGAAGUCAACAGAACUGAUCAAGAGAGCCUUGCUGGGAGAGUCCAAGGCCUAGCUGAUGCUCAGGAGGGUCUUACAAGUUUGGUGGCACAUUGCAGGCAACUGUUCACGGGCAUUACUGACCCUUCGGAUUGGAUGCCAUUUAUGGAAAAUGGAAUCAUGGUGACUGUUGACACCUCGCAUUGCAACUUCCCACCUGGCAGUCAACCUCACUAUUUUACAGCACUGGAUGGAUCAUGGGAACAUUGGACAACUACAGGUGCAACAUCAAUCUACAAUGCAACACACAACUCAUUUAGAGUCUACAUCCAAGGCACUGAUAGUGUGAAGGCUACCUGUCAGUUUGCUGUGCAGCAUGGGUGGAAACUGAAAUGGGUUGCCUUUCUCUAGGAGUGGACAUUACAGAUGUAAUGCAUGGUUCUCUCAUUUGUUACUAGUGAUGGAAUGCAACAACAUUAAAGCGUCGUGCAACAAAAGGAUGGUUGUUUGAUAGUUUGGAAGAUGUUCAAUCAUGUGUGUCUCUGCAUGAUUCCUUUUCCCCAACCAAUGCAUUGUCGAGGAUAUUAUUGACUGGACUGGAAACUGGGUGUUUCAAUUCUCUGUUGUGUCCUUUACUUUCCAAUGACACCCCCAAAAGCUAGACGACUGUGGAUUUAUAUGGAAAAUGAUCAUGUUGACUACUGCAGGCCAUGUUAGACUCACAUGCCGUAGCUUCAUGCCAAUUGCUAGCAACAUAUCUAUAAUAAGCAGGUUGCAUUUCAUUUGUC